AUGUUCGAAGUCGGACAUCCCUGUCGUGUCCUAAGCGUCAUCUUGGCUCUGUGCAUCGGCUUUGAUACCGCAGUGAGGCUAACGAAGAGACACAUUCUCCGCCGUCUUAAUUUCAAAUCGGUAGAACCAGUGCCGCAUUGGAAGCAACCGGUCAUCACGAACGCUUCUGAAGUGCCCAUCGAAGUGAGCUCUCCUAAACGGGAUGGUGAACCUCAACCUACUACUACGUCGGGUUCCAGAGUACAGUCCACAGAUUCUUCCUUUACUACGAACCGACAACCAAGUCCAUCUCCUCCCUUUGAAGCCGAAGCAAAGCAAUCACCAGGUGUUUUGCCCUCGAGAGCUCAGUGGUCUAAUGCUAGCUAUAGUAUCGUCCGAAAACUGAGCGAAGCAGCAGUUACUUCGAUCGACCGGACCUCGGAACUGGGUGAAACGACUUUUGAAACCAAGUUGGAUUCGGUACCUUCCCCAUCAACAGUUGAUUCAAGCAGACGACCUCAAUCUCCUGCAAACAAAGGUUAG